AUGAGCUCCAGAGGCAUCAAAGCUUGCAACAACUGGAAGGCGAGUCCUGUCCAAGCCAAGUUGGAGGAUACGUCUCUUCGCGCUGCCAUCAUCGCCCUCAUAGACGAACCAGACCUUCCACGCAUCAUCGACACUGUCGUACAGCUGGAACGCUCGUUCAACGAGGAAUACGAGUACGACUGGAUUUUCUUCAGCUCUACGGAUCUGAGCGAGACUUUCCGCCGCCAGACGUCUAAUGCCACCAAGUUCACCUGCUUGUAUGAGAUCAUCUCCAAUGAGCACUGGCGACGCGCCAGCUCGGCUGUCUCUGCGUAG